CAAGUCGGACGACUCACGGCCGUGCGGCUCCGACACAUUCACCUGGACACUCGAAACUCUUCUUCGGGGACAUGUGGCCACGGUGACGCCGCCAUGGCCAAGCGACCGGGCACCGACGCCGGGAUGCGGACACCGCCGACCCUUCUCCGGGACUUCGCCGCCAACCUGGGCUCCGGGAAUCUGUUGAACACGGACUGCGGGGACGGAGCCGAGGAGGUGUCCCUGGAGGACAUCCUGAGCCUGUACAGCCAGCCCAUCAACGAGGAGCAGGCGUGGGCCGUGUGCUACCAGUGCUGCCGGACGCUGGCGCAGAGGCACCGGAGGAAGAGCCCCAGGUCGGCGGGGGCCUCGGCCGCCGGGUGGCCGCGGAGGAUCGAGGGACCCGGGGACGUGAGGAUCGGGAGGGACGGCGCCGUGGAGCUGCGCUUCGGAGACAGCGCAGAUGAAUACACAUCGGCCCCAACGUCAUUAGAGGUAAUCGACUCACUGGGCGUCAUGAUCUACAAAGCUCUGGACUUUGGCCUCAAGGAAAAUGAGGAGCGCGAACUCAGCCCCCCGCUUGAGCGCCUGAUAGACAUGAUGACCAACAAUGAAGAAACGGAGAGCGACCCCUGUCCUGACGAGGGCUACGAGGCCACUGAGGAGGAGGAUGAGUGCGAAGGGGAGGAGGAGGAGGAGGAAGAGGAGCUCGUUUCCACUGCCACUACCGGCACAGUCGGCAGCAUUCGCGGCUAUCGAGAUAUUAUCUUGAUAUGUUCUUCCCACCUGCCCAGCCCAUCAGACGCUCCCAGUCACUACCAGGCCGUGUGCCGUGCUCUCUAUGCCGAGACCAGGGAGCUGCGCACCUUUCUGGAAAAGAUCAAGAAUGCCAAAGAGAACCUUCGGAAAAUGGAAGGUGAGACUCGGGAGGAAGCUGUUAAAGACCUCGAUGACCUGCAAAACGCUGACUGGGCACGGUUCUGGGUGCAGGUUAUGCGAGAUCUGCGAGACGGCGUAAAGUUAAAGAAGGUUCAGGAACGCCAGUACAACCCACUGCCCAUCGAGUAUCAGCUCACGCCCUACGAAAUGCUGAUGGACGACAUCCGCUCCCAACGUUACAAGCUGCGGAAAGUCAUGGUGAACGGAGACCUCCCUCCGAGGUUAAAGAAGAGCGCGCAUGAAGUUAUUCUGGAAUUCAUCAGGUCGCGACCUCCUCUCAACCCUGUUGCCGCCCGUAAACUGAAGCCCCACCCUGUGCGACCCCGGAGCCUCCACGAGCGCCUGCUGGAGGACAUCAAAGCUGAGAGGAAGCUCAGGCCCGUUUCAUCACCGGACAUGAUCCGCAAGACUCGCCUGGGUGCAGGGAAAAGCAUCAGCACUCCUCAGGACCUGUUCCGAAGCUCAGACACUCCCGACGCACCCAGGAAGUUCACUGUCAGCUCCCAGUCUCUGGCCAGCAGCACCAAGGGACCCAGUCAAGGUGGAGGCCUGCAGCCGCUCUGCCAGAGGAAGAGGCUGCUCAAGGCGCCCACGCUGGCCGAGCUGGACAGCUCCGAAUCUGAUGAGGAGACCUCACGGAGCAGCUCGAGUAUAUCCACGUCUCUAAUGGAGGACACGUCCCCAGAGUCCGUCACAGGGAAGAAGGCUCCUCCAAACUUCCUGCCCGUCUCCGCCACCCCGCAGCCAGACAAGCGUCGGUCUCCACGGAGGAGGCACACCCUGGAGAAGGACUCCCCCACCAGCGUCCGGCCCUUUGCGCCUCCGUCCAGACAGACCUCCAAGUCUCUGGUGGAAGCUGCCAGUGGAGCGCAGGGCUCGGAGGAGUUCUGUUACCCGGCGGAGUGUCUGGCCCUGACGGUGGAGGAGGUGAUGCACAUCAGACAGGUUCUGGUCAAGGCGGAGCUGGAGAAGUUCCAGCAGUACAAAGAAAUCUACAACGCUCUGAAGAAAGGAAAACUUUGUUUCUCAUGUCGGACCAAGAGGUUCUCCCUCUUCACCUGGUCCUACACCUGCCAAUUCUGCAAAAGGCCUGUCUGCUCCCAGUGCUGUACAAAGAUGCGUCUUCCAUCGAAGCCUUAUUCCACCUUGCCCAUUUACUCCCUGGGCCCCAGUGCUGUGGCUAAAGGCGAGGCAAGGAAUGCGUCCGCCGAGCCUGAGAAGAACCCGUUCGGUUCUGGAUUAAGUCGACACAGCCUACGCAGGAGUGUUAACAAAUCGUCCAAACAUGGCGGCGGCGGCAGCAGUAAAGACGAGCGGUCCGAGGACGAGCCGGAUCUGCCCAAGGAGCUGACGGAGGACUGGGUCGCCAUGGAGGUGUGUGUAGACUGCAAGAAGUUCAUCACGGAGAUCAUCGCAUCCAGCAGGCGCAGCCUGUGCGUGGCCAGCAAGCGCGCCCGCCUCAACCGCAACCGCAAAACUCAAUCCUUCUACAUGUCAUCGUCCAACUCCGUCAACUUCCGGCCCUCGGAGCGCACCAUCAACGAGGUGUAGCACUGCUCCUGUGCACUUUUGUUACGCUGAGUUUAUUCAUUCCAUGAAGAAUCAAAGUCUCCUCUUACGCUACACGGACUGGUUUACCACAGUUUAUGUAAAUAGUGAUUUUAAAAAUGAAGCCAUGAAUAUAUCCCACCCCAA